AUCAUCAUAUCUAAAAUUACACCACCUUGUCAUCUUAUAUAAAAUGACACCACAUUGUCAUUGUAUAUAAGAUUACACCACCUUGUCAUCUUAUAUAUAAGAUUACACUACUGUAUACCAGCCUGUGCUAUCCUCAUUGUAUAAACAAUCCAGCCCCCCCAACAUAAGCAUUCCGUCAUGGCUACUUCACGUACCCUGACGUCCACGUAUGCAAGAAGGUUAUAUAAGCAGCUGAAGCGCUCCUGAUCCUGAUUCCCACCAGGAUGAUGAUUGGCUUCCCUCGGACAGCCUGACUGUGAGAGUGACACGGAACAGAAAGCAUCCUUCCUGAUUUAUGGACGCGCUUGGGAAUGUGCACACGUAACGGAACAUGCUGUUUUUCCAGGGAUGAGGAAUGUCAGCAUCUGAGUUUGGGAUUCCUCCCGUUUUAUUCCGCCUUCCAGUGAGUACGGAAGUCAUCACUUGUCAUGAUGUCCCUGCUCGUCUGUCAGAACUAAACAGGAAGUACAAACUGUCAGCAUUUUCUUUUCGAUAAAAAAACCACAAUGUGUAAAAAGGGAAACUGUCGCCUCACAGAGGGGUGGGACCACUUCCUGGCCAGAAGUAGUGACUUCCUGUGUACCCCGCCAUGGUACAGUGUAAUGUACUAGUACUAGUGCUAGUACUCUUUCUAUAACCUUAUCACAGAUAUUGUUCCGAGACUGGUCACAGUAAAAGGCUGCUUCCAAAUGUUUCUACUGUUCUUGAGUGUACAGUACGUGUAUUGGAAGUACAGUAUAUUCAUUCAUUCAUUCAUUCACUCAUUCAUUCAUUCAUUCAUUCAUUGGCAAUGGUACCAUCAGAAGAAAGUAGUAAUCCCUCGUUUAUCACCGUUAUUUGGUUCCAGACACGCCUGUGAUCAAUACUUUUACAGAAAGUAGGAUUCCUUAUUUAUACUAUAUCAUUUUUCAAUGAAUGAAUGAAUUUAAUGAAUGAAUGAAUAAAUUAAUGAAUUAAUGAAUGGAUUUAAUGAAUGGAUGAAUAAAUGAAUGAAUGAAUUUAAUGAAUGAAUUUAAUGAAUGAAUGAGUGAAUUUAAUGAACUAAUGAAUUUAAUAAAUGAAUGAAUAAAUUUAAUGAAUUAAUUUACUGAAUGAAUGAAUUUAAUGAAUUAAUUAAUUUAAUGAAUGAAUGGAUGAAUGAAUUAAAUGUAUGAAUGAAUUAAAUGUAUGAAUGAAUUUAAUGAAUGGAUGAAUUAAUUUAAUGAAUGAAUAAAUGAAUGAAUGAAUUUACUGAAUGAAUGAAUGAAUUUAAUGAAUGGAUGAAUGAAUGAAUGUAAUGAAUGGGUGAAUGAAUUUAAUGAAUAAAUGAUUGAAUUUAAUGAAUGAAUAAAUGAAUAACUUUAAUUAAUAAAUUUAAUGAAUGGAUGAAUGAAUGGAUGAAUGAAUUAAUUAAAUGUAUGAAUGAAUGUAUGAAUGAAUGAAUUAAAUGUAUGAAUGAAUACAUUUAAUGAAUGAAUAAAUAGAUGAGUGAAUAAAUGAAUAACUUUAAUAAAUUUAAUGAAUGAAUGAAUGAAUUAAAUGUAUGAAUGAAUGAAUGUAUGAAUGAAUGAAUGAAUGAAUUUAAUGAAUGAAUAAAUGGAUGAAUGAAUAUAAUGAAUGGACGAAUGAAUGAAUUAAAUGUAUGAAUGAAUUAAAUGUAUGAAUGAACGUAUGAAUGAAUGAAUUUAAUGAAUGAAGGUAUGAAUGAAUUAAAUGUAUGAAUGAAUUUAAUGAAUUUAAUGAAUGAAUAAAUGAAUAACGUUAAUGAAUAAAUGUAAUGAAUGAAUGUAUGAAUGAAUGAAUUAAAUGUAUGAAUGAAUGAAUUUAAUGAAUGAAUAAAUAGAUGAAUGAAUGAAGGAAUAAAUGAAUAACUUUAAUUAAUAGAUUUAAUGGAUGGAUGAAUGAAUAUAUUUAAUGAAUGAAUGAAUUAAAUGUAUGAAUGAAUGAAUUUAAUGAAUGAAUAAAUGGAUGAAUGAAUAUAUUUAAUGAAUGAAUGAAUGGAUGAAUGAAUGAAUUAAAUGUAUGAAUGAAUUAAAUGUAUGAAUGAACGUAUGAAUGAAUGAAUUUAAUGAAUGAAGGAAUGAAUGAAUUAAAUGUAUGAAUGAAUUUAAUGAAUGAAUAAAUGAAUAACUUUAAUGAAUAAAUUUAAUGAAUGGAUGAAUGAAUGUAUGAAUUAAUUAAUUAAAUGUAUGAAUGAAUGAAUUUAAUGAAUGAAUAAAUAGAUGAAUGAAUGAAUAAAUGAAUAACUUUAAUGAAUAAAUUUAAUGAAUGGAUGAAUGAAUGAAUUAAAUGGAUGAAUGAAUGAAUUAAAUGUAUGAAUGAAUGAAUUUAAUGACUGAAUAAAUGGAUGAAUAUAUUUAAUGAAUGGAUGAAUGAAUGAAUUAAAUGGAUGAAUGAAUGAAUUAAAUGGAUGAAUGAAUGAAUUUAAUGACUGAAUAAAUGGAUGAAUAUAUUUAAUGAAUGGAUGAAUGAAUGAAUUAAAUGUAUGAAUGAAUUUAAUGAAUGAAUGAAUGAAUGAACGAAGAAAACAAUGGAACAUAAAUAAGUCAUUUCCGGUGGAUGAAUUGAACUGAUUGAGCUGGUUUCCAUAUCAACUUUGACAAUAAAUGCAAAUAUUGGCAAACGUAGUAACACAAGCAUGUGUCAACACACGCACACGCACACACACGCGGGGGAAAGUCUGUCCAAUAGGAACACGAGCUUGACUGUGUUUGCGUGGAGGAGGGACGAGAGGAGGAGGGGUCACUCCUCCUUGUCUCCGCCCCCCUCUUCAAUCCUGGCCCCGCCCCAUUCCCAUGGAUCUUGUUACUGGAGGCUCCUCGACAUCUGCUGCCCGGUUAACAACAGUGCGCGCUCCCGCGUCACGAGCCCGCGCCUCCUGUGUCCUCUAACUCUGGACCACCGAGCUUCUCUUGGAUUUUUGGAUCAUGAGGAGCGAGCGUACAUGUGUCCUCCACGCUUCCCGGCUCUAGCUCACCUCGCCGAGGACGCGGUUCCUGCUCCUGGUCCUGGUGCCUCUCCUGGUCCGGCAUCGUCGAGCGGAACACUUGUGUUUUUGUCCGGGUUCUCCUCAGGCUGCUGAAGGCUUCGCAUCCCGUCUUCGCUCCGGGAGAGGACGACCGUGGGCGGAUGUACACAGCGGACGUGGGUUUUUAUUGGAAGAUCUGAGAGAGAGCAUGGAGUCCGUGGAGAAGGAGUGUGGAGCGCUUGGUGGAUUAUUCCAGGCUAUCGUCAACGACAUGAAGAGUUCCUACCCGGUGUGGGAAGACUUCAGUGCCAAGGCCACAAAACUGCAUUCCCAACUCAGGACCACAAUUUUGGCAGCCGUGGCCUUCUUAGAUGCUUUCCAGAAGGUAGCAGACAUGGCAACCAACUCAAGAGGUGCCACCAGAGAUAUCGGCUCAGCUCUGACGAGGAUGUGCAUGCGACAUCGUAGCAUUGAGGCUAAGCUACGCCAUUUUACCAACGCUCUCAUGGAAGGCCUGGUCACGCCACUCCAGGACAGGAUGGAAGAAUGGAAGAAGACGGCCAACCAGCUGGACAAGGACCACGCCAAAGAAUAUAAGCGGUCUCGGCAGGAAAUCAAACGGAAGUCGUUGGAUACCAUUAAACUUCAGAAAAAAGCAAGAAAAGGGCGGGGCAACCUUCGCCCGCAGCUGGACAGCGCCAUGCAGGACGUUAGCGACCUGUACCUGCUCAUGGAGGAGACGGAGAAGCAGGCCGUGCGCCGAGCGCUGCUGGAGGAGAGGGGGCGCUAUUGUGCCUUCAUUAACCUGCUGCAGCCUCUGGUGAACGUUGAGAUCGCCAUGCUGGGGGAGACGACACACUUGCAGGCCAUUGUUGAUGACCUCACGGCGCUAACGGAGGACCCUCAUAAGCUCCCCCCAGCCAGUGAGCAGGUGAUCCGGGACCUAAAAGGAUCGGAUUUGACCUGGUCCUACCAGACCCCGCCCUCGUCCCCCAGCAGCAUCAGCUCCAGGAAGAGCAGCAUGUGCAGUCUUCUCCAGAUGCCUUCUUCGGGAGCGCAUCGACUCAGCAGCGUCUCCUCUCACGACUCAGGAUUCGUCUCCCAGGACGCCAACGCCCAAUCCAAACCGCCGUCCCCCAUGCCCUCGGACAUCGCCAGCCAGAAAUCAACAAGCUCGGCCUCCUCUGAGGCGUCUGAGACCUGCCAGUCUGUCAGCGAGUGCAACUCCCCCACGGCGUUUGGCUCAUGCUCAUCCUUCGGCACCUUCCGCCCCGCUUUCUCUCACACUGGCGCCAUCAGGCCCCUGUCUGUCAUACUUCCUGUGUCCCCUGCAUUUAACCACCCCCCCGGAUCCGACACCCCCUCUCCCACAUCAAAGGUUCCUAGCUGGAAGGAUUGGGCCAAAUCCAACCAGUGUGAGCUGUCAUUGGUCGGCACUUUGCAACGCCGGAGGGAGUCGCUGGAUAAGACGAGAGAGCUGGAAGCUCCGCCCAGUCCGAGGGGGUCCGCGAUGCAGGCGGACGACGCGCACAGAGCAAGAAUUGGACCCGCAGUCGUCGCGGCAGAGCACGGGGAGCCCCUGUCGCCCGCAGCCAGCACCCUGGCCAUGGUCUUGACCAGAGGCUUAAGUAUGGAGCAGCAGAAAAGCAGCCGAGAUUCACUCCAGUAUUCCAGCGGCUACAGCACCCAGACCAACACCCCUUCCUGCUCCGAGGACACCAUCCCGUCCCAAGGUUCUGAUUACGAGUGCUACUCCCUUAACGGCGACGCCGACACGGAAGCUCAGCCGGAGUUCGACAAAUCCUCGACCAUUCCACGCCACAGCAACAUCGCCCAAAGCUACCGCCGCAUGAUCCAGACCAAGAGACCGGCUAGCACGGCGGGACUCCCCGCGGGUAAGGCGUUGCCGAGCCCCCCCAUUGGAGCGGUGUCGUCUGGAACGGCGACAAUUCGCCGGACGCCGUCGUCCAAAGCCGGGGUGAGACGCACGCCUUCCACGUCGGGGCCCAUCCCCAUUCGGCCCCCGAUUGUUCCGGUGAAAACCCCGACUGUGCCGGACUCUCCGGGGUACACCGUCUCAUCCCGGAAUCGCGCAAGUAGCGAAGAGUCUCUGUACCCGCAUGAGCCAUUCGGCGGCGAAUACACCGGAGUGUCUUGGGGUGGCGCAGACACGACCGCAUACGGCCGACAUGCCCCCGCAGCGGGCGGCGACGCUUCUGAGGAAGACCCCCUGCUCGCCGCUAACCGCCACAGCUUAGUCGAGAAGAUCGGAGAGCUAGCGGCAAGCGCCCACGCCCUCGGCGAGGGGCAGUUCCCCUUCCCCGAUUCUACUCAGGUCACGCCAAAUCAGGAACCCUUGUCAGAGCCCCGGGAGGGACCGGAUAUGCUGGUGACGAUACGGCGCGGCGUGAAGCUCCGCAAGACGGUGACCGACGACAGGUCGGCUCCCAGGAUCCUGCGGUAGCUAAGGAAGCUCGACGUUCCGUACGAAUCAAUACGGCGGCACUCGUGUAAUAUGCCCCGCCCCUUUUUUUUUUUUUUUUUUCUUCCCGCUCCAGCGAUCCCAAAUCCUCUUUGAUUCCGCGUCUCUCUCCUCUCACGAUUUAAUAUUCAUAUAGUAUUAUUUUCCAUCAACAAGCCAUCCAUCAUCAUCGGAGCGCCACAGUCAAAGUACCCCCCCCCCCCCCCCCCCCCCGCCCCCUCCAUUUGUAGUGUUGCCCAUCUUUAAUGCACACGUACCGUUAUUACAUUAUUACUGUUUCUGGGUGAUUGACGCACGUAUAAUAAUAAUAAUAGGAGCAAUAUGGCAGUGUUUUUUUUAUCACUGUACUGCAUUGUACUGUACUUGUACUGUACUUGUACUGUACUUGUACUGUACUGUCAAUAUACCCUGCAAUUAAACAGGCUUUUUAAUGUUCGUGGUGUGAUGCCCAAUCCAUGACAAUUUCCGGGAAUUUCCCGCUCUUGGAAAUCUAGGCUGUAAACGGCAUUAUGAUGAAGUAUGAUGAUGAUUUUAUGAUAUUUUUAUGGCUGAGGUAUAAAAAAAAGGGUGUCCUA